CUUCCACAUACUUCACUUGCUUUGCUCUUGGCUGUAACAAAUCCCAGCGCAGCACCAGCAGCAAGUGUAUUAUUUUGCUUUUCUGUUAUUUCUUUUCUAAAAAAUGUUGUUUGCUCUCAAAUAAGUGCACAUAAUGGUUCGCCAAAAGUGAAAAAAGAUGUAAAAAAGAAAACAAACAACAAAAACAUCUGCAGCAUAGAAUCUUUGCCAAAAAAAGUUAUCGCGAGGAAAAGCAAACAACUUUCGGGGGAGCCUCCGACUGCGAGUUUUCUUUUGCAUUUCAUGUUCGUGUGUUUGGUGUUUGGUGUUCGUUCGUUUCGUCGCAGAAAAGAAUCCUCUUCACUUCACGUUCACAGUCACAGUUCACACGAAGGGACACGAAGAAAGAAAGAAUAGAAAGAAAAAGAAACAAAAAAUACAUAAAAACCUCUCCACGGAGGAAACCGCCCCUUAACACACAAAAACACAAAACUAAAGCAUAAGCAUAGUAAUUUUAGUGAAAAGAAGAAAUCUCAGUGAAACUGAAACUACAUCCUUGUCCAAAAUAAUAAUAAUAAUAAAAAAAAUAUAUCAAUAUAUAAAUAAUAUGUCACAAUUCGCACAACAAAUUUUCUACUUUUUCGCGUUCCUUUUUGUCCUGGAAUCAUGUCUGACAUUGUGCGAGGCCACACGCAUCCUUGGCGACUUCCACACCGAUGAGUUCUUUAAGUUUAUUGUGAAGUUUGGCUUCCAGAAAGCAGAGACACACUCGCAACGCGACUCCUUUGGGUAUAUCUAUGGGAAUAUAACGUCGGAGGAUUCGUUUAAUGUGCCCGUCACGCUGGCGGUGUUGGACCGCUCGAGCUUUCUGGAGUUCUAUGGCAAUCGGAGUUAUUAUGAUCGUGAAAUGGCUUGCCAGCGGAUGUUUGCCCGCAUUCAGAAUCUUGCCUAUGACAGUGAUUGCAAUUCACACGCAAAGACGGAUUACCUGAGGAAGAUACCCUGUCCCAAGGGGGAGCUGUGUGUCGACGAGGACAGUCCCUCGAAUGUGGUGCCUGGAUAUCAGUUUACUUAUGUCAUAAGUGAUCUAACACAACCUAGAUUCUGGUAUAUGGCAAUGGUUGCAUGCUAUCGCAAUCGAACCACAUGCCAGUGGCACGCUUAUGAUCCCACACGACUUAGCAAUCGCGUACCUCUGACCGUUCGCAAUGCCCACACAAUCAACUAUGACAUUCGUCUGGUCAAUGGCAAUCCCAAUCAAUCAGCAUCACAUCCAUUGACUUUUCAAUUUUCAUUCGAUCAACAAAAUCUACUCGAAAUGUAUUUGAUCUUUUUGCUGGUCUAUCUGAUUCUGAUACCAAUGCAAAUAUAUGCAGUUCGUUUGCAGAAGCAUCCAGUUACGAAACUUUUUACAAUCAGUUUAAUUAGUGAAUUUGUAAGUUUGGCCUUUAUAACAACACAUUUGAUAUAUUUUGCGAUCAAUGGAAUCGGUCAACCUGAUGUCGAGGCAGCGGGUGAUAUUUUGGAUAUUUUUAGCAGGACAUCAUUUAUGCUAAUAUUAUUGUUAUUGGCCAAAGGUUGGGCAGUGACCAGACAACAAAUUAGCAAAACUGGUUGGAUUAUUCUUAUGUCAAUUUGGGUACCAUAUUGUGCGUUCCAUGUGUUCCUAUAUAUCUGGGAUAGGACGGAAGUUGAAGUAACUUCAGACAUUGACGAAUACCAGACUUGGCCUGGAUGGAUAGUCCUAAUACUUCGGACAUCUUUCAUGAUGUGGUUCCUUUAUGAACUACGCAACACAAUGAAAUAUGAACAUUCAACAAAGAAAUUAGAUUUUCUUUUACAUUUGGGUGCCUCCAGUUUGGUGUGGUUCAUUUAUUUGCCAAUUGUAGCGGUAGUUGCAUUACAAGUCAAUUCAAUGUGGAGGGAUAAACUAUUAUUAGGCAUAACAAAUUCAGCUGAUUGCCUAGCUUAUUGUAUUAUGACAGGACUCCUGUGGCCAAAUCGUUCUGGUCAGUAUCUUCUACUGGCUGGUUCACAUUACUCAGGUAUGGAUGAAUUAGAUGAAUUCAAUGAAGCUCCACACAUAAUUCGUGAACGCGAACGUCGUCGCAACUCACCCGAAGCAGUUAUUGCCACAAAUGGUACAGGAGUCGUUGUUUCAGCUGCCAAUAAUUUCCCAAUUAAUGGUGAAAUAUGUACCGAUCUUCUUGAAGGAGAAGAUCUUGACGCAGAGCUAUUAACUGAUUUACACAAAAAUAGUAAUGUAAUAGCAUAGGAUUAAUCUACAAAUCAACAAUGAAAAAUAUUCAUAGAAACAAAAACAAAACAAAACAAAAAAAUAAACGUACGUAUUUGAUAGAUUUUUAUUAGGACAACUCAUUAGGUUAAACAAAAAGAAAGAAAAAAAGAAGAAAGCAAGAUGAUAAAUGAGAUGUUUUCUAUAGUUUUUCAUAGUUAUUUCUAAAAAAAGCAAACACUUUGUUAUAUAUAUAUACACAGACAUAAGACACACCCAAAAAAACACAAAACGACAUACCAUUUGCAUAAUUUCUCACAAUUUUUAAACUUUCCACAGACUGUUUUGUAAAUAAUCAUAGUCUAUUAAAAAAUAAGUUAAGAUAAGAAAUUGUUUUUUUUUUUCCCUUUUUCUGUUGGUUUGUUAUACAGUGGAUUCCAUACUUAAUCGGAGGCAGGAAAUAUACAUUUUGGACUGCAAUUUCUUUAAGAUGAUGUAUAGAUAUUGUAGAGUUUUAUGUUGACAAUAUAAUAUUACUUUCAAAAUCAAUGUUAUGUUUACAACGAAUUCUCAAAGUAUGACAUUAUGAAAAACUUUCUCUGAAAAUCCCUUAAAAUCUGGUAAUUUUGAACUGUUUAGAGUUUGUGAGUCGUAUAUGCCAGACUUUGAACUUUAACCGUGUUUUUCUCAAAGCAACGACCACGAUAUUUAAAAAAAAAAAAUAGUGAAUCCAUUUUACAUAGUUUCUUAUGUAAGAAGGUAUUUCUUUAUCGAAAAAGAAAAAAUAAAGAGAUUUUCAACCGGGAUAUAGACUUUUACUUUCCAUCAACUAAUAUUUUUUUUUUCAAAAAUGUAUAACUCUUCAAGUCCUUCAGUUAAAAAUAAAAUACAAAAACUUUAUUAAUUGAUUUUAUUUCAAAUGAUCAGUGGGAAAGUUACAGUGGUCACCGCAAAAGGCGUUUUUUAACACAGUUGCGGGUUAUAUAUAAUGUCUGAUAGUAUUUGACUUGUGAAACAUCAUCCGUAAAACAGCAUAAUUUUAGUGUUUUUUGUUUUUUUGAAAAUAAAGAGCUGGGAAUAAAUGUUAAAACCGAAGUGGUAACAUUGAAAAAGGUCAAGUUUCCACAUUCAACUUUUUACCAAAUUAAAAAAAAAUUGUGAUUGUGAUAUUCAAAAACCCGAUUUUAAUAUAUUGUAAAAGUAAAUAUUUUAUCUCGAAUCAUCAAAGAGAAAGCUGGUAUAAUGAUUUUUUUGGACUAUGUGUAUAUAACUAAUCAUAUGUAAUCAUUUUCCAAAUUAAAAAUUACAAAUCACGCUUUUUCGAAAUUUUAGUGUGACCCUUAAAUAAACCUAAAGGUUUUAAGUUAUCAAAAAGCACAUAAUCGGACACCUAAUAUAAAGCUCUUUGUUGUGCAUGUUUUCGAUUUAAUAACUUCCUUAAGGCAUCGCUUCGGGGAAGUCAAGAGACAAAUUUUGAGCUGAAUUCAGUGCUCCUUUUUUCCAAUCUUCUUGAAAUGAAAGUUACAAACAACCUAGCUGUACAAGAUUCCAAGCUUACUCACACUGGACACAAAAUAUUGCUUGAAAAUAUUGAUAUAAGCCUUUUGAUUCAUUUCACAAAAAUUUAGUUACAAUUCCAGAACUUGCAACAUCUCUCUAAACCAUGACUGACGCACCGCCAUCGCCAUGCUUUACAGUAGCUCGAGAGAGUUAUUCAUUUGCUUUCCGUCAUAAAUACAUUCUACCGUGAUGUCAUGUAUAACGGUUAAAUAACUAGACACAAAUACGUAGUUUUAGCUCAUUUCAGGAAGACAUUCUUAUUUACAUGCUGCUUGGUUAUGAUUUUGAAGAACUUUGCAGUCUAUUUCAAAAAUGGAAGAUUUGAAGGAUAAUAAGGGAUUUUUGUUGAAUGACUUCUGCCCAAAUUUUUAAAACGCGAAAUUAGCAGAUCAGAAGCUGUAAAAUGGCUCCCUUGUACAAUGUUAACGAUUUCCCAAUUUUUGAACUUUCACAGACUAUUUAAUAAUUAACUAAUUUGAGUUUCAAUGUUUCAUAGAAUAACGUUCUACUAAUUGUACAAAUUGCAUUGAGAAAAUUUAUAUCUUCCGUAUCCGAUUAGUCGUGGGAUCCUCUGUACAUAAAUAAAUAUUUUGUGAUUCUGUAAAAUACAAGACAUGACAGAUGAUAGCAUCAAAAUCUUGUUAUACAUUUUUUCUAAACAUUGAUGUUAUUUUUGAUGCUUUAGAAAAUUAUUAAAAAAUAAAAUGAAACGCUCAUAUUGCGCACAUUAUAAUAAAAUCGUUUCAUUAUUAGUUUUCAAAAAAAAAGAAUAACUGAUUUUUAUAUUGACAAAAAUAAACAUACAUACAUAUUUUUUCGAGAAGAUUUACACUCACACAACGACUCAAAAAUUAACACUUUAAAAAUAAUAAAUAAAAUAAAAAAAACAACAACAAUUACACAAAAAAUAUAUAAUUUAAGAUAUAUUUUAUUUAAACAAAAACAAGAAUAAGAAAAAAGAAAACUUUUUUAUUUAACACACUGUGCCAUUGUUUCAGUGCAUUAAGAACAAAUUUAUCAAAAACAAAACAAAAAAUUAUAUGACAAAAAAUAAAAUUAAACAAGGAAUUUUGUGUGAUUGUUUAGAAAUUGAUAAUUUCAAAAUGAAAAAAAAAUAAAAACAAAAUAUUACAUAGAAAAUAGGUAAAGUAAAAAAGUAUAGAGAAUAGAUUGUGGCUUACAUGAAAAUAGAAUUGAUUUCUAAUUUUUGUUUCAAAUGCAGAGUGUAUUUAGCUUUGUUGUAUCUUAAAAUGUAUCUUAUUUGGAUAUAAAUAAGCAAGUUUAAUUCUUCCAUUUUCCUGUUUACAAGCUCCUUUAAAAAAUGACUGGUUUUUAACCCUGAAAUGGGCUUCAAAUCAAUCAAAACAUACUAAUUUGGGAAUUUUUAUACUAAUAAGGAGUAACUUUUGUAAUGCUCCAAGAAUGUCUUUUAUUUUGUGAGGGUUAAAUAAACGCAAAGAGAAAUAGGGUUUUCAAAUAAGUGGUUUCAUCUUAAAUAGCCUGCUCUUUUGAAGCUGUCAUCUUUUCACAAUUGACAUUGGGCAACAUAAAAGACUUCACUUGCAGUUAACUGGGGCCUUACUAUGUUACUCGAUUCUACAAUGAAAAUGCUCGAAUUCGAAAAAUCGGUACUAUGUAUCUAUUUGACUACUUUCGAACCAGCGAGAAUCGAAUAGAUCUAGUAGUGCCAACUACAUUCUUAUGAACUUUCGAAUAAACGAGGAACUACGUAACUUGAAAGUAGGAUUCAAAACAAGACAAAAUGGAAAAUAAUCACUCUAUGUUUGCAAGCCAAGUUUUUUUUGUCAAAGUGUAAGAGAUGCUCACUCAUAGGCGAAUCAGUUGAAUAUAAGUCCCACCUCCCAUCAUCCGCCCCAAUUACACCGGUAAUUCGUGAUUUUUGACAAAAAUUAGAAUUUGGACUUUCGUUUCUCUUCCUCAUUCAUUUCAAAAUUCAUCAUCAGCGGGCACAUGACUCUUUGGAUUGAAGUCAAAACUUAGGCAAGUAUUUUUGACAUGGUUUGCUGUUUCCAGUGUUCUUUUCACCACCGAUUUAGUUUUGGUAACUUCCUGUUGCCAAAGAAUGCAAUGCUGCUGAUAACUUAACUCUUCUGCAAGUAGUCAUGUCGGAUGAUAUGGUGUAAAGUAAGAAUAUAAAUCCGUCUUUAGUAAGAAGACAGCUCCUAAAAAAAAACUAAAACAAAAGUAUAUAUUUUCAAUAAGAAUGCGUUCAAAUAAUCUACCGUGUUUAAAGGGCGAUUUUUUAAAAGCUAUAGGAAAGUUUUUCAAAAGAAACACAUACAAUUGAGAAAAAUGCAUGAAAUCUUUAUUUCGAUCAGGAUUACGGUCCAUAUAAUUUAAUUUUUAAAGAUUGUUUCAUGCAAAUGUUGCCUCAAUUUUGGCAUAGUCCAAUUUCGGCAUACUAAUUCUAACAUUUCGGCCGGUAUCUCACGAAUAAAUGCUUAAAGGCGUUAAAUCGCACGAUCUAGGCGGCCAAUUGACAGGUUCCAAGCGUGAAAUAAGUCCAUUGUUGCGUAAGCUGUGUUUCAUGUGGCACCGUCUUGUUGAAACCACAUGUCAUGCAAGUCAAGCUCUUUCAUUUUGGACAAACACAAAUUGGAUAUCAUCUCACGGUAGCGCUCACCAUUCAAAAUUACGUUACGAUUCGCAUCAUCUUUGAAGAAGUACCGUCCAAUAAUGCCACAAAAUGAGCUUCAUCGCUAAAUUUUUCGAUAAAAAAGUGGAUUUUCGGCCAACUUUCCAAGAGCCCAUUCACCAAAAAUUUUACAUUGCAGUAUGUCGUUCGGUACCAGCUGUAUUUUGAAAGGCAUCACAUCUAAAUCCUUCCGCAAAAUUUUCCACGUUGUUGAGUUACAGAGGCCCAGUUGCUGUGAACGGCGACGAAUCGAUAAUUGAUGGCCAUCAUUAACACUGGCCGAUACAGCUGCGUGUUGGUGGUUUUAUGUCCAACAAUUUAAAUUUGGUGCGAAAUUUAGUUACAAUAGCCUGAAUGGCCGCUUCAGUGGGUCGAUUAAGCUGACCAUAAAAUGAAAAAAGCGCGCGAUGACGUUUUUUUACAGAGCACGCAUUUUGGUAAUAAAAUUCAAUAAUUUGCAAGCAUUGUUCGUUUGUAAGAUUAUUCAUGGUUAAAUUAUAGACCAAACUGAUGAUUUUUGACAGUGAAACAAAACACGAAACGUGUGUUUAAAAAAGUGUGGCAAAAAAGAUAAUAGCCAAAAAAUCACCCAUUUCUCACUCAGUUCCAUUAUUUUGAAAUUAUCUCUAAUUCUUCUAUUAUUUGCUCGUACCGUUCUUCAUUUCCUCGAUACUUACUCGUUCGAAAGUACAAUUUUUUUGAAAACAAGUUGGUAUAACCGGCAUCCGAUUCUACUUUCAUACGGAGUACGAUUUGAAAGUAGAAUCGGAAAUGAGUUUCGAAUAGAAUCAAAAGUAGAAUCGAGUUACAUAGUACGGCCCCUAAAUUCUUUGAACGUACAUUUUGACCAAGGCAACUAGUUAGUUUUUCAAGGGUCAUGAAUUUCAAAUUCAGAACUUUACUUCACAACCACUUCUUUAAGUUCGUAGUACAAACUUUACUAUCUAAAAACACUCCUCAGGCAAUCUACAAUUCCAUCAUGAUUUGUUUUUUGUAUUGUAAAGAAAUAUAACUUAUUUCUUUUCCAAAUUGACAAGGAACCCUUUUACAGAAAGCAUUUAAUUAAGUUGUGCAGAAAAUCAAUUAAUCAUAGAGUAAUAAAGUUCAGAUUUAGUUAAAUGAAAAAAAAAUUAUCAACUGUCAUUUUAAUGGAAGUAGACUUUUCUUGGCUAACUUUAAAGUAAACUUUCCAUUUAAGUUGCCUUAGUUGGAAGAUAAUUUUUUGGCAGCUGGCCAACCAGAUAACCCAAACUUGCCUAACUUUCAAGUCCCUUAUGUCGUCUGAACCUGCCCAUUGUCAUCUUUUCACAUUGGAAAAGGAAAUACUACACCAUUAGUAAAUAUGGAAAAUACUUCGCUACAGAAGUGGUCCAAAUAUUGCAGUGCAGAUUUUGUAUGCCUGGAAUGAAAAGAUAUUAACAUGGACGAUAUGUUUUUUUUUUUAACAAGACGACGCAUGCUACGUGCCACGCAAGCAACGAACAAAUUUAAAUUCGGCAAGAGUGUUAUUUCUUGAAGAGACCACCUAAAUUUUUGAAAAUAAGAUAUAUGCUAUUGUUCCACAAUUAAUUCAAGAUCUAAAAGAUAUAGUUCGUGAAGUUAUUAAAAACAUAUUGCUUUAAAUGUGCGAAUUGGUAAUUGAAAACUUCAUAAACAAGAAUAGGAUGCUGCAACUGUAGCCGUUAGUCACCAUAAAUGAAUGACAUCGAAGACAAUUUUCAAAUAAUUCAAUAUAUAAAGGUGAAAUAAGACAAAAUCAAUUUUCUAUCGGUUUAAUUUCUCGUGAAAGUGAAAUCUAGGCAUUUCCAAGAAUUACUCUUAAAGAAUUGAGAAGAGGCUCGAAAUGCAACACUGAUAUUUAAGAAAUGUUCUCCAAUACUUACUUAACCUUAGUUGGCGCUACAGCUUAUUGUGCUCCUGGGCCUCAAGUAAUAACUCUCGCCAGCUAACUCGAUCUCUAGCUUGUUGCCUCCAGUUUCGAAUACUUAGUUGACGUGCGUCGGCCUCAACUUGCUCACUCCACGGGAGAUGAGGCCUGUCUCUGGUUCUUGUUCCCUCCAGGCUAGCGUUGAACACUCAGCUUUUUGACCAGUGGCAAGUCAGAAUUAUAUCUUCUCCGCUCCGAUAUUACUUUGCCUGUCGACACAAACCAUACCAUAGAUCGUACGCAGAACCUUUCUCUCGAAGAUACCAAGACAUCCUUCAUCCGCCUGGAAGAGGACCAAUGUUUCUGCACCAUACACCAAGAGUGGGAUUAUUAAGGUUUUGUGCAGUGCCUCUUUGAUACUGCGCGAUAGGGCCUUAUCCCUAAACGCCUGCUUAGGCCCAAGAAACAGCGAUUAGCAAGGGUAAUUCUUCGUUUGAUCUCGGCGCUGCAGCUGAUGUCAUUUGCAGAAUUGACAGCAGUGCUCAGAUAAACAAAUUCGUUUACCACCUCGAAGUUAUACCUGUCAAUUGUCACGUUUUGACCAAGUGUACGGUGUGAAUCAUCUCUAUUUGACGAUAGUAAAUACUUGGUUUUGUCCUCGUUAAUGUCAAGACCCAUUUCCUUCACCUCAGACUCGAUAUUAGGGAAAGGUGAUGAUUAAAAUGUGGCUUUUCGUGCACUUGAUUUGAAAUAUUGAAAGUAUGUAUUUACUUAGAAUUUCCAAAUGGAAUGAACCAAUGAAACAAAAAACCUUUGCCAAUUUUCAAAACUAGAUCCCCAAAUUAAGAACUUUGGUUGUUUUCUACGUUUAAAAAGUCUUUUUUUUUAACGUAGAAAACCAAUCUAUGAUAAAAUGUAUACUUUAAGAAAUUGUUUGAUCACUCAAUUAAGAUAUAUUUUUUUUAAUAAUUGUAAACAAAUAAAAACUUGCACUCUGUAUUUAUGUUUAUUAAGAGAAUGAUGCUUCCUUAGUACAACAGAAUACAAAAAUAGAAUUAAAUAGAAUCAGAUAAGAACUCGUGUCAAUUUUUAACCAAAAAGCUACAAAACAAAACUUUUUCUCUUAUAUUCUUUUUCUUUUUCAAUUUCUUGUCACAAGUUUAAGAUAUUGUUUUAAAUAAUUAUAAUCAUAUUACAUCGAUAUUUAAGUACUUACUUUAGUUUGUAACUGAUUUGCGAAUUUAUUUUAUUUUAAGGAGUUCGAAUUAUUUGAAUUUAUUUCCCUAGGAUGUUUCAAUGAUGAUAUAAACGAAUUGUUAAAAAAUUCUUGUUUUUAUAGAUCAGAUUAUAAAAUAUAUGUUUUUGGUGUAGUUUUGUUUUCCUUGUUUGAAUUUAUAUAGAACUUUUUGUAAAAGCUUAUUCCCAUUAUGCACUACGAUUUAUGUUUAAAAAUAUCCUUACGCAAAAGAAUAAAAUACAUAAUAAAAAAUAGAGUACAUUAAGCUUGUGUAUGAAAAUGUGAAAGGAAAAGUAGUUAAUUAUUCUUUUUAUGUAUUAAUUAUUAUUACUAUUGUAUAAUGUAUAUUUUAAAAUACAUCAAUAAUUAAUUAUCAUUAUUAUUAUCUUUUUUUAUUGAUUAAGGAUUGUAAAUGUUAAAAUGAUGAAAAAAAGUUGAUUGUAAAAGAAUUUAUUAUAUUUAUUAAAAUAUUUGUACAUUUCUUAAUGCAAAAUAGAAUAAAUAAAAUAUUAAAACAGAAAUAAGAGAGAUAAAUAAAUAA